UCAUUAACUUCUCAUUUUUAUUGUUUAUAUUUCCAUGCAGUGAGGCACUCACAGCACGGUCAGAAAUCUUCAGUUUAGUUCCUUUUAAAGUUCCUUUUAAAGCCCUUAGUUCCUUUAGUUCCUUUUAAAGCCCUUCUAGUUCCUUUUAAUUUCUUCUUUUUUUGCUGCUCAUGCACAUCUCCUUUUGCUCUUUGCUCCCAUUUCCCUCCAUUCCUAGAUUUUGGUUAGUGUCCCGUUUGACCUUUUUUUCCCGUUUAUUUUUGUAUCUUCAACCCCGCUGGGAAGGGAGAACCCUUUGGAACCCUUCAACCCCGGGGAUUUUUGUUAAUGCUUAAACAGCAACCGCCAACUUUAUCAACUGCAUCCUUAUCUCCGCCUGUGCGGCGGCCGAAUUCCAUUUGGGAAAAUGCUCCGGGAUGGGUUAAUCGGCCAAACUCCUUCUGGGAGAACACUCCGGGAUGGGUUAAUCGGCCAAACUCCUUCUGGGAGAACACUCCGGGAUGGGUUUCUGGGCUGAAUUCCAUUUGGGAGAACACUCCGGGAUGGGUUUCUGAGCCGAAUUCCUUUUGGGAGAAUGCUCCGGGAUGGGUUUCUGAGCCGAAUUCCUUUUGGGAGAACGCUCCGGGAUGGGUUUCUGGGCUGAAUUCCAUUUGGGAGAACACCCCGGGAUGGGUUUCUCAGCCGAAUUCCAUUUGGGAGAACACUCCGGGAUGGGUUUCUGAGCCGAAUUCCAUUUGGGAGAACGCUCCGGGAUGGGUUUCUGGGCUGAAUUCCUUUUGGGAGAACGCUCCGGGAUGGAUUUCUGAGCCGAAUUCCAUUCGGGAGAGCGCUCCGGGAUGGGUUUCCGGGCGGCCGCAGCCCCGUGCCGCCGGUGGCUGGGGUGGAUUCCCAGGAACAGGUACCUGGCCCGCCCCUCCCAGCCCCGGGGCGGGAGCGAGAGGCAGGAUCGGCUCUGGGCUCUGCUCACACCCACUCGAGUCCCGGCGGGCGGAGAGCAGCGGCCGGGAGCGGUCCCGCAGCGAUCCCAGAGCGCUCCCGGCAUGGGGAACAUCGCCUGUGUCCCGCAGGCUCCCGGCGGCUUCAGGAGCUCCUUCCGAAGGAAACCCUCGCUGAAGAAGGAACAAAAUGGCAAGAAAAAGCUGCCCAGCUUCUUUGGGAUAGAUGGAGGCCAGGAGAGAGACACAACCACGGACAAAAUCCUGCAGUAUAUUCCAGCCAAGAUUAUUCCGAAGCAGGAAAACCAGAAGGAAAACUUGGACCAGAGGUUCCCCAGCCUGUUCAAGAAGGGCCGAAGGAAAACGGUUGUCAGGAAUUUGGGCAAAAUUAUUUAUUACUCCAAGGUCAAGUUUAAGUUCCAGCACUGCCAGGAGGUCAACAGCUGCUUCCUGGAGCUGUUCCAGUCCUACCUGUACUUCCAGUCCACAGGUCCCAAUGGCCUCACCUACCAGGGGCUGCUGCCUCUGAAGGAGCUGGAGGUGCAGGAGCUGGGGCCUGGGCAGAGCCCGGGGCAGCAGGACCACGCUUUCCACAUCUCAGGGCCCCUGCUGAACCCCCUGGUGGUAUUCUGCCAGUCUGAGGCCGAGCUGAAGCAGUGGCUGUACCACCUGGAGAAGCAGAUCCAGCUCUGUGGAGGGAGCCUGGCCUUGCCCCUGCUGUCCCAGAGCGGCUGGACGCGGAGCCCCGGGGACAAGGAGGAGCUGCGCUGGUCCGUGCAGAACCUGCCCGUGCAGGACUGGAGGGGAACCCAGCGGGAAUCCCUGGGAGAAAUCCUCUGUGUGUCCAAGGUGAAGCUCCAGCACCUGCCCUUCCAGGAGCAGCACGACCGGCUCCUGGUGCUCUACCCCUCCACGCUGGUGAUCGUGUCUGAGGAGCCCAGUGGCCUCUGUUUCAAGGGAGAGCUCCCCCUCAACGCCAUCCAGGUGCUUUUUGAGGAGAAUGACAAAACCUCCUUUCUAAUCGAAGGCCGACUGAUCAACUCCAUCCGGGUGACCUGUCCCAGCUACCAGGACUACCAGGAGUGGCUCUACUGCCUCAAAACCGCCCAGUUCCGAAAUGCAGACUCCUCCCUCUCGGGCUCCGAGAGCUUCUCUGUGGGGUCAAAGCCGCCCCACCCCAGCCAGUUCCCCAGCAGUGGGAGGGGAUCCCUCAGCUCUGACGGAUGGACGAACUCCUGGGCGUCCGGAGGGAGAGUGACCACGCUGACCCAGCUGUCCCAGACCAGCGGCUCACUGCCCGACGGCCACUCCUUCCUGCUGACCCCCGAGGGCCGCCUGCUCCAGGAGCCCCUCUCCCCUGGCUACUCCCAGCCUCUCCACAGCCUGGCACAGCCCAGCUGGCCCAGCUCAGGGCUGCCCACGCAGGAGCUGCGCAGGGGGAACAGUGCCAGGAAAUCCAAGGGCAAGAGCAGCGGGCAGCAGGUGCCCAGCCAGGACCCAGAGAGGAGCGUCUGCAGCCGCAUCCCCGAAAACCCCAAGGCAGAGAUGCAGUCCCCGGUGUACCAGGAGCCCUACUCAGCACAGGGCCCCCAGCAGCACCCCCUGGCACAGCUGGAGCUGGGCAGGUUCCUGCAGUGUCACGGGCAGACAGGACCAGCCCAGGGGACUGUGCCAGGUGCCCAGCAGCUGUCCCUGGAGCAGUGGCACUGCCAGCCCCUGCCAGGGCACUGCAGGGAGGUGCCCACGGUCCCCAUCUACAGCACCCCGGGCACCUCACGCCGGCUGCAGCUGCGGGCACCUGCCCAGGGCUCCUACCUGGGAGAGAUCUGCUCCCUGUCACAGGAACACCUGGGCCCUGAGCUGCGUCCCCCAGAUGGCACCUAUGACCUGGCAGAUGCCAGCUGUCCCUGCCGGGACUCCACCUCCUACCACGACUACGCCGAGCUGCAGAGCUUCCAGAGCGACCUGAGCUACGACAACCUGUGGGAGGCGGAGGAGAAGGAGCCGGGCAGCCCCCGCCGGGCCCCGCACGUCUUCCAGGUCUGAGGCUGCCCCCGGCAGGAAAAGCCCCGGCAGGAGGAGCCCCGAGCUCUGCCCUCGUGGCCUGGCAGGGGCAGGGUUCAGUCCUGCCCCAAACCCCAGCGUGGGGCCCAGCAGAGCAGCCCCAGGCUCUGUGGGGCUGCAGGAGGCUGCUCACAAAACCAGCUCUGCCCCAGAAAAUCCCAGAGCAAAAAGGGUCAGGCUCCCUCGGGUGAAGGGGACUCGGUGUUCAGAGGGAGGACCCAAAAGGUGCCUGGAUUAGCUGGACUCGUUUGCACCAGAGCCCUCAGCUGGCCCCUGUGAGGAUCCCCUGGGAACAGCCAGAGCUCUGGAGGCUGCCAGGCUGCCCAGGGCACUGCCCAUCCUGGCAGCUCCCAGCCCUGUCCUCCUGCCAGAGCAGAGGCAGCAGGCAGGAGGUGGAGGGGAAAAAACCCCAAAACCCCAACCAGGUCUGAGCACAGUGGGGUUUUCUUUCCACCUUCCUGCCAGUGCUGCCUCCAAACCUGAUGCCAGGAAAAUGCCAGGUGAGCUGUGCUCCCUGAGGUCUUCCCUGCAGAGGAAACCCCAAAUCCCCCCAAAUCUGGGGAUCCCUCCUUUCCUCCCUGUCCUGGGCUCAUCCCAAGUGCUGCCUGUGGCUGUCCAGGCAAGGAGGGGAGAAAAUCCCCCCGAGGAGAAACUCCAGAGCACUGCCAGGGGGCUGGGGUGUCCCUGAUGUCCCUCGGGGCCCCUCCAGAGCCAGGGCAGGACACAAACAAGGAACAGAGUCUCAGGGUUGGUAUUUUACAGCCUCUUCACCAGAUCCUUUUGGGAGGUCAGCAGCAAAUCCAAAUGUUUUCACCUGAGGCUCUGAAUUCUUAACCUUUGUUCCCUGCAGAGGCUGCAAAUGUAACACAGCAACAAAACCUCUGCUUUGGUUCCUUCUCUGAUGCAACCACAACCAUUUGUACUUGAAUAUCUCCGGUUGUAUUUUCGGGUUUUUCGGGAGGUUCCCAACAAAGUUUACAUGUAAAGGCUGAGUGGGUUCUGUGUAUUUAAAUGUAAAUGUGGCUGGUUGAAGAGCUGUUUAAUUUUUUA